AAACCUGCUGAAACCAUGGAGUAUGUAGUGUUUUCUACAACCACUGCUUGAUAAGAGAGUAGAGUUUAUUCCGCAGCUAGUUCUGUUUUAGAUAAUAACUAGUUUCUGCCUUCAUGUAAAAAUGACGAUCAUCUUCACCUGGUUGUUCUGAUUGGUUGACUGUAUCCCUGACUGUAAUGCUACCAAAUCCCUGGACUUGGUGAAAGUGUCACCUGAUUUGUGAUGUUUAUUUAUUUUUUUUUGCUCACUUUGUCUUACGUACAUUGUUAAAAUCAAAAAGUGACCAGACCUGACCACAGGAGGCAGUAGUAGGCCAGCGGCUUAGUUCACGUGCUUCUGUGUGUUUCCGGAUCAAAACAUAUGAACUAUUUUCCAUUGUUUUCUAUGAUUUCUCCUUUAGCUUCGUAGACAGUUUUGUAUUCAUUUCUGACAUUUCAUCGUCGGCAGCUAGCCUGCUCAUACCCUAUGCGGAACUGGGGGACCCACUUCUCUAGGCAGCACCUUGGUCAGCCGAGCCGAGCUAAUCCAAUGUAGCUGAAGUGGAGAGACUGAAAGUCAGUGUGUGAGUGGAGUGUUCCAUUUUAAAAGUGUUUAAGUGAAUGCCUUUUAACAGUGGUAUUUUCAAUAAUCAAAUAAUUUAUACACUGUAGUUUAUAUUUAUAGUUGGAAUUCACAGAGAAAUCCCUGACCACACACACACACACACACACACACACACACACACACGUGUCCAUGAAUGCACACGACUUAUCUGUAAAUUUCCCAUUUAGCAGUUGACAAAUAAUCUGUUUUGUUAGGACGUAACUUGUUUGUCAUGUGACGAUUGCUGUGUCACAUGAUCAUUAAACAUCCAUGGGGAAAAAUACACACCCGCCCGGCUUCACAUUGUUUGUGUUUCUGUGUGUGUGUGUGUUAUGAAGGGGAUUCACCCAGAGUCACAGUAGAAUUCCGUUCUCUUUGUUUGUAGGAAGUCGUUAUUCUGUUUGAUAAGACGUGAUGAGUAAUUAGACGGGAUCAGGAAUGAAGAUGAGGAAAUGAGAUGAAGGUCAUAUUGGUUAGGGACGAAGUGGACAAGGAUGCUGAUGAAAUGAAGCUCAAAAUGGUUCAGUGAGAAAAUGUAAAAAAAAUGUAUUGAUGCGAUUGAGUGGCUUUAAUAAAGAGAAGAUGUCAAGUAGGAAAACUGGGCCCAGAAGGUGAGAAAACAUGGAGAGGAAUUUAACAAUUAGAGCAGGGGUGUCAAACAUCAGCAAUACAGCAAUUAUUAUUAUUUAUAUAAGUUACAAAUAUGGUUUAUUGCUGUGUAAUUAUAAAAUAAACAUUUUCAAAGCUUCCGUGGGCCAUACAAAAUGACUUGGCGGAUCGCUUUUGGCCCCCGGGCCUUAUGUUAGACACCUGUGAAUCAGAGGAUGCUAAGACCGAAUGAGUUGAAUUAAACUGUGGCGAUGAGACAAAGAUGAGUUGAAGUGUAGUAACGAAAUUAGCCAGUUGAAAACAGACGAUAAGGAAAUUUAGCGAUGAAAACGACGAGCCUCUCGAGUGACUUGACUUAAAAAAAACCAACUGUCGAUUGUCGAAAUAAUCUCUUCAAUCUUCCCACUAAGAUUAAAGAUCUUUGUUGGGAGAAGUUGUAAAGCCCCUACUGUACAAACUUCUCGUCAAAGCUCCUCACCUUCAGCCACUUCCUCUUCCUGUAUCAAACACCAAUCACAUAUGCGCCACGUCUUGUGAUUGGUGGAUUGAAGCAGUUCUCCAGCGAAAAAGGAGAUCAGGUGGUUGAAACAGGAGCUGCUCGGAGUCUGAGGACGUCUUUGAUAAUCAUAAUGUCCUCUCUCUGAGGGAUGGAAACGCCUCACAAACUCUUCAACAAAAGCGAAACACUGAUACGUCUGCACGCCCACUUCCUGUUGGACGGUGUCCCACUGGGUUCUCGAUGAAAAAACAUUCACGUUGUGUUGUGCUGAUGUUGCGAUUCUGCGGGUGUGGCUCAGCUAGGUCGUAAAUUAGAAAGUUGUCUAUAUUCAUCUGCAGGUUUACCUUUGCAUUCAAUCAUUAAAAAAACAAUACGACCCAUGAAAAAACCGAUCAGUCCUGUUUCACUGGACACUCGGAGUUCCUCAAGGUCCAAAUCGGGGCCCCCACUUUUUUUUUCAUUAAGCUUCAGAAAAUAAGAAAAGAGGUUAAAACGGAGUUUAACGAACUGAAAAAGUUCCUCAGGGUAAUUCGUUUUCAAUAAAAAAAAUUGUACUUGUGUAAAACGUAAAUAAACGUGAACUCGUGAAAAUGAUUUUUAUGACGAACGAUUUUCACCUCUUUUCUAAUUACAGAAAUUUUUACUAAUUUUUAUUAUUUUAUUAAUGCAUUUGUGAAUUAUUUUUUGGUCCAAUUAGCAUGUGAUAUUUGAACUUCUUAAACAUUUUAAGUAAAACAUUUUCUUUUUAAGAAUUUUCAUUUCAAAUAUUUUUGGUGCGAUUUUAAGUUAAGUGGUGAUUUUACAACUUCACGUUGAAGUUUUAAUUCUUUACCAUUUACAUUUAUAAUGAUUUUUUUUUAUUUCUAUUGAAAUAUAAAUACAUUGAAAAAUAUUUACAACCUGUUUUUUAAGUUUUUUUUCAUUUAUAUACGUCUUUAACAAAAAAUGUGAUUUUCUUUUUUUUUUUAAUCGUUUGAGGUGUUUAUACAUUUGUAGGACUUUCCUGCUUAAAAGUUGUGAAUAUUUCUACUACUUUUUCCUAGUAUUGCUAAACUGCAACCUAGUAUGUUUUACAUUUUAUUUUAUUUUUUUCCAUACAUUUUCGAUGUGUUUUGGUGAAAAAUCAACAUUCGCGCUGUUACGAACGUCAUUUCUUUUGAAAGACGUCGUUGAAUUCAUUGGUAGUCGUAAACCCAUGAUGGAAUUGCGGGUUUAAAAUCCUCUCACCUUUUCCACUGGUUAAAGCCCAGUAUGAGCGAAACGUCUUUGAAGUGUCUCAUCAGGUAAAAGGCAAACGUGCAACAUUAAAUCACACACACACACACACGUACGCUGGAAAAAAAAAAAAAACGAGGAGGAAGUGAGGUCAGCGAGGAGAAAACAAAUAAAAUGCUACUUUUUGCAAUCGAAUUCAAGUUCACCACACACUUUGACUGAAAGGUAAUUUCCUCUUUGUGUAAGUGACGGUAAACACAGAUUAUACUAGCUCAGCACUGACCUGUGUGUGUGUGUGUGUGUGUGUGUGUGUCUGUUGGGGUUUUUCUGGUUAUCUGUCCUAUAUUCUCAUGGGGGUGGAGGAUGGAAGAGUGUAUAAAGAGACGGGUUAAGCUGAGACAACUUCACUCAACAGCCUCAGCUCAUUGGUUAAAAACUCUUCAUCUCUGCCGUCGUCUUGUCAAGGAUUAAACUACGAAAAGAUGAUGCUGACCAUGUUCAAAGACGCCUCCUCCUCGUCCUCCUCGUCCUCCUCGUCCUCCUGCUUUUCCUCCAGGUUGGCAACUUUACUUCUCCUCGUCCUGUCGCUGUUUCUGAUUGGCUGGGUUGAGCACACUGUGGCGCUCCCGACCAACCGGCACCUGAGUCCCGUACUGAGGAACAAGGACACGUACCAAGCCGUGCACGAAGUGUCCAAACACUUCCAAGGUUUGGAGACGGCCGAUGAGAGCAGCACCAAACUGUUGCCCAACGUCGACCGCAACAAAGAUCACAUGAGCAUCUGCUGCCUCCACGCUAACAUCCUGGACUUUUACAUGAACAACAUCCUGACUCACCACUGCAAGCGGCACGACAAAAUUCUCCGACUCAAAGUGGACCUGGCCCGGGUCAGCGAGGACCUGCAGACUCACGGCUGCAAUGUGACUCACUACCACGACGAUCACCACGCCGUCGAGUUCCGCAAGAAACUGGCCAAGAUGGAUGGGGAGCGAGGCAUCAUCAAAGCAGUGGGAGAAAUUGACAUUCUCUUCUCGUUUCUCACCGAUUACUGCGUCCAGACCAAAAACGGCACCAGCGCCACCACCGUGUCCGCCUGAAAAUGCCGACCUGUUCUUUAUUUAUCCUAUUUAUUCAUUUUGAUACACCGAAUAUUUUUUACGCAUUAUUUAUUUUGUCAUUUAAGUUAAAGAUAUUUAUCCGUUUUUUAAAGCAAAACAAAAAAAGAAAGUAUUUCUUGACCUCUGUGUCUGUUAUUGAUCUAUUUAUUGAUCAGUGUUUGAAUAACUGAGCUCAGCUUCAGUUGACCAUGUUGCCAUGUUAUGGCUUAUGAUAUUUCCGACGUUGUUGUCACAGUAUUUUCUCAAGUGUUGUUUUGUUUACUAACCUGAAAA